UGGCGACAGCGACGCAUCGCGCCUCCCCCCGCACUCCUCGCGCACCGCUCACUUCUUUCUACCGCCACUCGCCGGCGUCUUGUGAGUGUACCAACUAUAAACAAUCACUACAGUCGUGCCAACCCGGUUUAGUUGCACACAAAAUUACCGAUACUGUCCCGCGCACGUGUAAACUAUUUUCUUAAUUGUUAUUUAGGUCAUUUUAUUUUUAAAAUGACAAAAUCGGUAUUGUGACGGUUACUGAAGACUGGUCUAGGAUAUCUUGGACAGUUGUGUGAAGUGGACUUGUUGUCGCAUCAAUGCAUCUCCCCUGCGCGGACAUCGGCGGUAAAGGAAUGACCACUGACGUGUUUGCUGGAGUGUACGAGGCUCUACAGGAGUAUCACGGAGAGUUGGUGCAGACUGGAAGUCCUUCUAUCCUGUGCACGGCUCUUCCUUCCCACUGGCGCUCCAACAAGAGUCUCCCGUUGGCCUUCAAGGUGGUAGCUCUAGACGACAUAUCCGACGGCACUGUGGUUACCGUCAGGGCCGGCAAUGAUGAGAACUAUUGCGCGGAGCUGCGCAACUGCACCGCCGUCAUGAAGAACCAGGUGGCCAAGUUCAACGACCUCCGGUUCGUCGGCAGAAGUGGCAGAGGGAAGAGUUUCUCGCUGAGUAUAGUGAUCAACACGUCACCAUUUCAAGUGGCCUCCUACUGCAAGGCCAUCAAAGUUACCGUGGAUGGACCUCGGGAACCAAGGUCCAAGUCGAUGUUUUUUCCAGAUUUCCAUUACCAGCACGGGGGAGGGUUUGGGCCCUUCUCGCUUCUGCCCCCGCAAUGGUUGGACGCCACCUACAUGAGCUACGCCUGGCCCGAGUACUUCAGGAGGCCCCAGGACCUUUGCAAACUGCCACCUCCUCCCAUCUGCCAUAUACCUAAAGGUCCAGGCUCGAGUCCCGGAUCGACAACAGUCCCUCAGGAGUUCUUCCUGCCACCGCCCACGCUAGGACUGACCCCCUCCGCCUACUCACACCUGCUGCACUAUCCGGGGAUGGACCUGCUGGCCCCGGGGUCGCCCAUGAGGAAACCGUCUCCACCGCCUAGCACGGACACGAGUGAAGCUGAGGACCCUCCCCAGGCCGGUAGCCCCACGGUCCGGUCCGCCUUCCAACAAGUCCGGCCCGCUCCCCGUAGUCCGGACACCCCCCAGUCCGGUCCGGCCUCCCCGGAUAUCGUCGUGACUACUUCUCCUCCUCCAGCCACACUGACGCCACCUCCCGGCAAAAUCCUGCCCAAGACCACCACGUCCAAGACGCAAGUGUGGAGACCAUACUAGACUGUCUCUGGACUCUCCAGUAUCUUCCCCGUGAUCUCAACCUUCGCCUGACUCUCCCUAAGACAAUCAGUGCCGUGUACAGCCGUUGUUCAUAUUGUUUAUAUAGUUCAAAUGUUUAAUUAUUCCCUUAUGUAUAUAACAGAGGUUUAUGUUAGAGUGAUAUAUUGUAAAUUAUUGUGUAAAUUUAGAACCUAGUUCACCAAAUAAUUGUAGUCCAUAUUUUAUUUUAUUUUCUUUAAUUUGUCUCUUGAUUUAUUUCUCAGAAUUUUAAAAUUCUCUUCAUAGUUGAUUUGACUGUGUAUAGUUAAUAUAUUUGUCGAUAUAGACCAAACAAUGCUCACCAUUUGGUUAAUUUAUUAAUUAGAUCAUUUAUGUGCUAUUUGUGAUAAUUAUUUUAUAGCGCUUGAUCUACUAGACCUACUGUUGUAUUUUCCGAGAAACUUAAUCUUUCCAAACAUGGCAUAAGAUGUUUACGAAAUAUAAUAAUGUUGUUUAAUAAUUAUGAUUUAAACACAUUAUUAGUUAAACUUAUUCUUUUUGCACAUCAAAAUGUGUUAUUUUUAUAAUAAUGGACUACAUAUAUGAAUGUAUAUACACUGUACUGUGAUGUAUAUAUGUAAUAUUUAGUUAGCUAAUAAAAAAUAGAUUGAUUUAUAUGAAGUA